UGUAGCCACGGCGCUUAGAGAUAAAGGAAGUCGACACUGACCUUGGGUUCCCGGACGCUCUGAAGUUAUGGGGCACGGACACAGCAGUAUAAGAAAUCGUCCUUAUAUACCACGUGCGAAUGCUGAUAUGGGAAUUGCUGUGGACUUGGAGCUUGGGCAACCAGGCUGGGAUGGCAACAACCAUGCCACAAGGACAAACGUUAUUAGACGUGAGGGUGUAUACUUCCAUCGACAGUGCAAGAGUCUGCGUGAGCCGAGGAUAUCUCCAUCUACAAAAUUCAUUCAGCACUGGAAGAGUCCUUGUGAAUCAUUGCCGUAUGUGGAGCCAAAAGUGUACCCGAUUAUCAUGCCACGUGAACUGUGCAAGGAGGGGGAUGAAUAUCAUGAAGACUGUCCUCAGAAUUUCCCGCGUUUUUUAACACCUAUGCUCAACAAGAACUAUCGGCUGUUUAUGAAGCUACAUGGAUGCUCGAACAGUGAUAGGUCUCUCGAGGGGAUUCGAGAAGGGCCAUAUCUGCUCCGAAAUCUACGGUUCCUCAGAAUCAAAUUCAUGCAGCAUCCUCUUGGCGAAGGCAUCCGAGUAGCUCUGGAGGAGAAUCACAGCGUCAAGAGGAACAGAGAGCCGCGCUACCGCCCGAUGUACCCCAAGACGAUAAUCUUGGACCACAUCAACCAAAGCGUCUUAAUUUGCGGCGUGGAUUUCCAGCUCAUGGUUCACCGCCCCCCUGCAGAUGCCCAAUCUAGUCAGUUCCUCAAUGACGAGAUCCCCCGGCUGGUCGGCACCUACUGUCGGGAACUGGACACCCAAGCUCAGAUGUGUAUCGAGUGGAAGGUGGCCCUCUACCGCUGGUACAACCAGGCACAGGGAUAUGACAUGGAGGUCACAGAGCCCUAAGCCAACCCAGGGCUUACCGUUUACUUUGGUUGUUAAAAACAAAAUUGUGUUCCUCUUAGUGCUUCAAGACAAACAGUUGUUUUAUCUGUACCACUGCACAUUCCUUUUUAUUGUGUGUUUUUUUGUUUUGGGUGUGUGUGGUUGGGGGAGAGGGAUGGGGAAGAAAACUCCUUAGGCCAAUUUUAUCAUUUCCCCCAAGAAUACUAGUCUUUUAGUAUUUUACCAUGUCAUCUGUUCAUGCUUGUUUUUGACAUUUUUCAUGGUUAGAUAAAACAUUUGUUGCAUCAUGUUUAAAUCGUUUAUGUGGUAUUACUUUAGGUAUUGUUUUAUACAUAAGUGAUAUUGAAAGAUCAAAUUAAUCUGUACAUUUUACCUAAUUUGAAAAUAAUUUUUAGGUUGCCAUUUGGAGGAAAUAAUUUUGUUUUGAUAUCUUGAAUUUGCAUUUGUUAAAAUUGUUUGUAUGUAUGAUUUGGAACGUGACAAUGAUUUAAUUUUGCUUGUUUUAAGUCAUGAUAUAAAGUGAUCUAUAUUUGAAAUGAAGAGAUCAAUAUUUUGUUGUCACAGCACAAUUUACCAUUUGGUUGUUAGAACAAUACAGAAUGUUUUAUAAUUUGGUGUUGUUUCAAUCAUGAUAUAAAACAAUGUCUAUUAUAAGUUUUGUCAAGACAAAUGUUUUGUCAUUUAUCAUUUGGUUUGAAUGUUUGCUGAGCAAGCAGUAUAUAUUUGUCAAGGCAAAUGAUGAUUGGUUGGUUUGAAUGGGACUUUACUGCAAGGAAAUGUUUUUCUUUUGGAGCUUGUUAGAACAGUGUUACAAAAUGAUUUAAAUAUUUCAGAGCUGAUGAUUGUGUCUUGUGGAUCCUGGUAUUGUUUUUUUCUGUUUAAAUAAAUACAUGUGAUGUCAACACUUUGCGUUUAGU